GAUUAAGGCUGAAAUGAUAAGAAAAGAUAUAUAUUUAAUGGGAAUAUUGCAUAACUUUUAAAUUACUAUUACAAAUUGAGCGUUUGCUUUGAUGAAUAGAUUUGUAAACUUGGAAAAAGGAAGGUGGUGUCAGAAAAUUCUGUUUAAUUAUCAAGAAUAUGUUAUAUAAGCUCUUAAAAAAUAAUAAUAAAUCUGCUUUCCUGUUCUAAUUAGGUUCCAAUAUCCUAAAAGUAUUAGUUAACACUAUUAGCAUUAUCUUUGAACAGCUCAUAUUAGUUCUUUGUAAUGAAAUCCAUUAAACAAUUAAUGCUGCCUGUUAAUUUGUAGCAAAUUGUAUGAGGAUUAUUUAUAAGUGGGUGACCAAAUACAUCAAAGUAAUGUAUGUCAAGGUUUGGAUCACAGUUUAUGAAGUAUACAGCGUUCUUUUAACGUGUAAACAAACUUAGUCAUGUACAGUAUAUGGCAAAGGUUACAUUGAACAUAUUUGGUUGUAUGAAAGUAAUCAAUUAUUAAAAACUAAAUAUACACCUACAAAAUAUUCUUUAUUUCUGGCUUGCAUCCACUAAACGAUGUGUUCAUUUAUUUAUUUAUUUUUUGCCCAUCCAUGGUAAAAACAGAAUAAAGUUUACCAAAAAGUGUAAUUACUUAUUGUUCAUAAAUUGCGAGCCUCGUAGUAUUAAUUGGCGAUGUCAUUUUUUUUGGAAGUUUGUCUGGGGCCUAUCAUCAACAUCAGAAUAAUCAUUGGUUGUAUUUGGAAGAAAGCAAACAACUUUGGUUAUCUUUUUAUUUAUAUGUAAGAGGAAAAAAUGCCAGUCAUGUUAUUUGUUUGGCAAACUUUAAACAUCUGGUUGAACUGAAUGUUACAAAAUCAAUAAAAAACAAACAAACAAUGUGCUUGCCGAAUUUUUUUUUUUAACUUGUUUUCCAAAAAUGCUCAAAUAUAACUGGCAAUAAUUCAGAAUUGUAUAUUAAGUAGUCCUUAAAUAUAAAUAUGGGAGGGACGGUCGGAGAAGGAAGGCUGUGAUUGGCAGGCAGUUUCCGGUCGAGCUUUUUUUUUUUGUGACGACAUUCGGCUACGCGACGUCAAAGAGUCUCUUAGCUUUAUGACACGAUCAGUGUGCGCCAUACGUCGGUUUGCUUUCCAUGAGCUGCAUCUUUAGCAGCCAAGAAGAGAUUCAACACACACAUUUGUAGUAGUCUGGUGUCAUCGUGGUUGAACAUAUGUGGAGUAAAUAUCGCCGAAAUGACACAAAAAUAGGUUAAAACAGCACAUGUUUUUGUUUUCCCCCCCCCCUACCACUGGACAAUGAAGCGGGUUCCUGUUUGACACGUAUAUGACUUAGUGUACCUAUGUAACAAUUGUGCUCCUUACAGCCUUGAGUGGUUUGCAAGUGUUGGGCGUUCAGAGCGUAUAUAAAAGUGCUACUACAACAUUUAAGCGGUCAUGGCGGGAAUACAAGUAGACCCCAAAGAGAUUUUGAAGGGUGAGGAGUUUCUAUUGGGGAAGGAUGGUGGACUUUGCAGCCUGGAUGGAGUCCCAGGGAUGCCUCAUGGAAGCUUCUACUGAGAUGGUCAAUCGGUCGAUGUACCUGGAAAUUCUACUUCACACGAAAUGUCGUAAUAUUUUUAACAGGUUCAUCAGAGUUGGUGGCUACAGGCUGCUAAACUCAUGGCUCACCUACUCCAAAGCCACCAACAACACUUCUCUGUUACAGCUCGUUCUGCUCACUCUGCAGAAGUUACCCCUCAAAGUUGUCCAUCUUAAACAGAACAACACAGCAAAGUUGGUCAAGCAGCUCAGUAAAAGUGCAGAGACUGAAGAAUUGAGGAAGUUAGCAUCCAUGCUCGUCGCUAGCUGGAUGGAAACAAUUCGCUCCCAGAGUGUAUCCAGCAGUGCCAACAGUCCCACCGAUAAAAGGAAGAAGAAAGAAAAUGACAAGGUACAAGAUCAAGAUGUACAGAACGAGAGUGGAGAUGAGGAGAAGAAUAAAGACCAGGCUAAAUCUGACUUGUCCAACCAUGCAAAGAUUCGUACCUUAGAGAUAGAAACAUUAAUCAGCACCUCUAAUAAGCUGGAAAACAAGCACAUCAAGCCUCCAGUUCUCAAGAGGUCAAGCUCUGUUCCAUGUGAUGCUGCGCCACUCAAAAAGAAUUUCAGACCUCAUACACUCUCAUCCGAUUCUGCCACAGAGAUCAUUCCAGCCCAUCCAGACAAGCCUAAUUCUUUGUCAGAACCUCGUGGACAAGAACAUUUGAACCACAAAAGCAAGAAGAAGAAGAAGACUGUUCACUGGGCUCAGGAGGAGCAGCUUAAACAAUACUUCUAUUUUGACCUGGAUGAGACAGAGAGGGUGAAUGUCAAUAAGAUCAAGGACUUUUUUAAGACCCGUGAACAUGAGUUGACACUGAUGAGGGCCUGUCGGCUCUCCCAUGAUACCACAGCGGAGUGGGUCCACUGGACACCCCUCAGGUCUCUGACAUUGCCUGGCGGUCUGGUCACCCCUGGGGCCAACAGCACAGAAAAACUCACCCAGCAGGAGCGUGAAAUGGACAUCUUACAGGAGAGCUUCCUCAUUAAAGAGAGUGUGAUAUCUGAUAGUCCACAUGAACCAAAUUCAGAGCCUUAUGAGCCCAUGCGACCCCACCUCGUCCCUUUGGAUGAGGCUCACGGGUGAGCAGGAGCCUAUCCCAGCUGACAUUGAGUGAGAGCCACGGUGCCCCCCGGACUGGCAGCCAGCCAAUCAAAGCAUUGGAAAUAAUGAAAAUUGAAUGAAUCUGUUAACAGGGUCAAACUGUCGCCAUCAUAAAACCUUUAUUAAUUGCACAGGCAACUUGACGUCAAAUGUGUCAUAUGUGAUACUUGCGUUAGCUUUGAGAUAGCACUAUUGUGCACUUUUCACUCCAUUAGGACCCAUACUGAGGGCUAAUUUAGAGGAAAACAAUGAUACAUAUCGGUAUGUGAUAUACUGUAUGUGGCACACAGAGUGAACAAUGUUUACACUGUGAGAGAAAGCGCAACAGCAUGCCGCGUUAAUGCUGUACUGUUCGCGAACUAAAGCGUAGUGCGUGACACGAAGCAAUAUUUGCUUGAAAAUGUUCGGAAAACACUUUGUUCGUGAAGAGGGUCAUUUGUGAACCAAGGUUUCACUAUAGUUUGGUCCAGCUCUUCAUCAUUUAGUUUCUUCAUUUUAAAUGCCACGCACAGAUACCCAGAAGCAGUUGCAAACUUUUUAUGUUUUAACUUUAUUUGUAUCUUCUUUCAUUUUCAAGAUAUUGUCUUUCAAUCUAUUAUGAUUGAUUAUAUUUCAUGGUGGGCCUCCUUAGGGUGUGUUCCAACUACAGAGGGAUCACACUCCUCAGUCUUCCUGGUAAGGUCUAUUCAGGGGUUCUGAAGAGGAGGGUCAGUUGGGAAGUCAAAUCUCAGAUUCAGGAGGAGCAGUGUGGUUUGGCCGUGAAACAAUAGACUAGCUCUACACCCUCAGCAGGGUCCUUGAGGGCGCAAGGGAGUUCCCCCAACCAGUCUAUAUGUGCUUUGAGGACUUGGAGAAGGGUUUUUUUUUUUUUUUUUUUACCGCGUCCCUUGGGGGGUUCUGUGGGGGUGCUUUGGCAGGAUGGGUUACCGGACCCCCCUGAUACAGGCUGUUUGGUCCCUGUACGACCAGUGUCAGAAUUUGAUCCGCAUUGCCGGCAGUAAAUUGGAUUCGUUUCCAGUGAGAGUUGGAUUCCGCCAAGGCUUCCCUUUGUCAGCGAUUGUGUUCAUAACCUUGAUGGACCGAAUUCAUAGCCGCAGCCGAGGCGUUGAGGGGCAUGGUGGUCUCAGUAUUGCGUCUCUGCUUUUUAACAGAUGAUUCUGUUGCCUUCAUCAAAUCAAAUAAACUCUCAUUGGAGUGGUUCGCAGUCAAAUGUGAAGUACUUGGGAAGAGAAUCAGCACCUCCAAAUCUGAGAACAUGGUACUCGUUCAGAAUUAGGGUGGAGUGCCCUCUCCAGAUUGGGGAUAAGAUCCUGCCCCAAGUGGAGGAGUUUAAGUAUCUCGGGGUCUUGUUCAUGAGUGAGCCAAGAAUGGAGCAGGUGAUCGACAGGUGGAUCGGUGCAGCGUCUGCAGUGAUACGGACUCUGCAUCGGUCUGUCGUGUUGAACCCGAAAGGCGAAGCUCUCGAUUUACUGGUCGAUCUACGUUCCUACCCUUACCCAGACACACACACACACACACACACGUGUGUGAUGUGCCCCUUUUCUGGAAAAAGGAAAAAACCAAAAGAAAAAAUGGGGGGAAAAAAUGGUGAAUCCACGGGUGCCGAAUCACGGGUCUGCGGGGGUCUACUUUAUAUGGGUUUAUAACGGCCCUCUGAGGGAAGUCCUAACUACAAUGUGGCCCGUGACAGAAAUGAGUUGGACACCCCUGCUUUACUGCUUUUAUCAAUGCUUAAUUUUCAGUCUGUACUUUGUCAACCUUUUAUCUCACCUUUUCUAUAUUUUGUUAUCCUCCCUCUUCUUCUUUCUCCAAUAUUUUCCCAUUCAUCUGGCCUUCUUUUUUCAGGAUUGGAGCCAUUAUGCCAAGUUCAGUGUCGGAUUGUAUUGGUCAGGAUACGAUGUGUUGUUGGUGCCGAGGCGUGAUUCAUCUUUUUCAGGGGGUCAGGAUACGAAGGUGGGUCAGGCGGGGUCCAAGGAUCUCAUCAUCAUCAUCAAGUCCUGUCUUUGCGUCUGCACCUUUGUCUUCUACUUCGUGCUUGCGCUCCUCACUAGUAAUGAGCGGAUAGAGUCCUGAGUUGGUUUGAUGUAAAAAAAAAAAAAAAAAAGCUUUGGUAUAGCUUCUAUACCUACUUUUGUCAUUUUAUUGGAGCUUAGCUUCCUCCAUUUCUCUGGUGGGUAGCAGUGUGAAGCUUCAUUUGAUGUUGAGUAACUUUUAGCCGAGCUCCCUACAUUUGCCUGCCCAACACUGCAUGUGCGAUGUCAUAUGUCUGUGUUUGAUUAAAAAAGAAAUAUGUACUUAUGUUCAUUCACAAGCAGUUUUUGUUACACUUGUGGACAAUUUACGUUUUUGAAUUGUUUUGCAGCGAAUGAAUUACUCUUUGCUAGUAACUCCCCAUCUUUAUCUGAAGUGACUUCAGAUUUCAGUUAAGUUUCUGUAUACCGAGGAAUUGCAUCCUAUUCAAGCACGCCAACCAGCAAACGGGUGUGUGUGCGUGUGUGUUUGUGUGUGUGUCAUCGUCAGAUCCGUGUUUUCAGGGCAGGGUUGAGUGCAGCUGGUGAAUACGAAGGGCCUAUAGGAGUGGCCUGCCUUCUAGUUCAAAUAUUGACUGUGUUGCUGUGCCAACACACAUUGAUGGAGAGAAAGAUAUAGUGGACGAAUGGAUGGGCAGAGGCGAAAAGACACCUCAGCACUAAAGUUCUUUUCAAUAAGUGCCCUCUCAAUAGUUAUAACACUAAUAAUAAAACACAGAUAAUUGGCAAAGGUUUUUUUAAAUUUCCAAGUAUAUUGGUAAGUGUUAAUACAGACAGAUGUGAUGGUAUCAUUACUGAAAACUACUGAAGUAAAAAUCUGACUGUUUGCAGCUAAUACAAUUACCAUGUGAAUGACCAGAGAACCAGAACCUAAUAUACAAAAUGACCUGAAUGAUGAUUUUCUUACAUUUUUCAACGUAUUGUGUAUGCAUGCAGGGGAUAAUAAUAAGGAAUCAAGAAGACCUUUUAGUGCGAGAUCAGAUUUGCUGUUGUAACACGUGCAGAAUGUGGUUUGGCAUUGUCUUGCUGAAAUGAGCAGCGGGGUCCAUGAAAAAGACGUUGCUUGGAUGGCAGCAUAUGUUUCUCCAAAACCUGUAUGUACCUUUCAGCAUUAAUGGUGCCUUCACAUAUGUGUAAAUUACCCAUGCCAUUGGCACUAACACAGCCCCAUACCAUCACAGAUGCUGGCUUUUGAACUUUGCGUCCAUAACAGUCCGGAUGGUUCUUUUCCUCUUUGGCCCGGAGGACACGACGUCCACAAUUUCCCAAAACAAUUUGAAAUGUGUACUCGCCGGACCACAGAACACUUUUCCACUUUGCAUCAGUCCAUCUUAGAUGAGCUUGGGCCCAGAGAAGCUGGCGCAGUUUCUGGGUGUUGUUGAUAAAUGGCUUUUGCUUUGCAUAGUAGAGUUUCAAGUUGCAUUUACGGAUGUAGCGCCGAACUGUAUUGACUGACAUUGGUUUUCUGAAGUGUUCCUGAGCCCAUGUGGUGAUAUCCUUUACACAUUAAUGUCGGUUUUUGAUGCGGUGCCGCCUGAGGGAUCGAAGGUCACGGGCAUUCAAUUUUGGUUUUCGGCCUUGCCGCUUACAUGCAGUGAUUUCUCCAGAUUCUCUGAACCUUUUGAUUAUAUUAUGGACUGUAGAUGAUGAAAUCCCUAAAUUCCUUGCAAUUCUACGUUGAGGAACAUUCUCCUUAAACUGUUCGACUAUUUUCUCACGUACUUGUUCACAAAGAGGUGAACCUCGCCCCAUCUUUGCUUGUGAAUGACUGAGCAAUUCAGGGAAGCUCCUUUUCUACCCAAUCAUGGCACACACCUGUUCCCAAU